CUGCUUUGAGUUCUCGCCGGCCGGCGGCAGCAGCAGCAGACGGCUGCGGCCGCGGGACGCUUACCAUGGCUUGCGGCUCUAUGCGACCGAAGUUGCGGAUCCUUGUGCUGGGGCUAGGGCUGGCACUGCUGUGCGCAGCGGCCGGGGAGCAAGCGCCAGACACCACCCCCUGCUCUAGCGGCAGCUCCUGGAGCGCGGACCUCGACAAGUGCAUGGAUUGUGCGUCGUGCCCGGCGCGACCACACAGCGAUUUCUGCCUGGGCUGCGCUGCCGCACCUCCUGCCCCCUUCCGGCUACUUUGGCCCAUCAUAGGGGGUGCCCUGAGCCUGGCCCUGGUGCUGGGGCUGCUUUCUGGCUUCCUGGUCUGGAGACGGUGCCGCAGGAGAGAGAAGUUCACCACCCCCAUAGAGGAGACCGGCGGAGAGGGCUGUCCAGCCGUGGCCUUGAUCCAGUGACAGUGAGCGCCCCCUGACAAUUGGGGCGUCACCCAUUCAUUCAUUGUAGAGUCAGCCCAUGCCUCCCAGACACAGAGCCAAGCUCCUCCAACCACAGGGUGGAGGGGGGCUGGGGUUGGGGUGAGUGAAUCACCUCUGAAGCCUGGGCCCAGGGUUCAGGGGAGCCUUCCAAGAUGUCUGAUUGCCCUGUCUCUGGCUCCAGGACAGAAAAGAAGCCUCAUGCUGGCUUACACUGAACAGGCUGACACUGUUUAAGGAGCUGCACCAUUUGCACAAGGGGAUAUCUCCUUCCCUGAUGGCCUGGGGGCCAGGCUGACUUGAGGGACAAACACAACCCUAGGCCCCACUCAGAUGUACUGAAAUUCCACCAGGGGUUUCUCAGCUCUGGGAGGGGGUCAGGUUAGGGACCUGUUUUAACACUAGGGGGCUGGCCCUCUAGGAGGGCUGGCCCUAAGAUUCAGACCCCUCUAAUCCAGAAGGGGGAAGAAGUAAUUUAUUUGGGGGAGAAAUUUUGGAAGGGAGGGAGAAUUUAUUAAUAAAGAAAUCUUUAACUUUAAA